AUGCAAUUUGCGGCUCCUAAGCCACGUCUUACUAGGGCGAGAAUCAAGGUUUCCGUUCAACAUGCUACUCCAGUGGAUUCUGCUGUUACUCUAUCCACCAAGCUCAAAAGGAGCACAUACACGAAGACACCACCAUUUCAGCACUCACCCGGACUGGUGUGGGGCAUGUGGAAACAAAUGAAAAAGGGGAACAAUCUCCAAAUAGCUGCCAUCGUGCGGCCCGUGGAUGGGUUUGAGGAUAUGUUAAUCGAAAUUCUCGAUUGGACUAGCUUUAAGGAGCGAGGAAGAAGAGAUACAAUAUCUGAAGAGUUAUCUGAGCAAUUAGAAAGCCAAUCAAUGACUCUAGACCUUUUAAAAUGUAAUAAGGAACUCUCACGACAAAAUAAGCAGCUCUUAAGAACUAAUGAGAAACUUUCACGACAAAAUAAGGAGCUCUUACGAAGUAAUGAGAAGCUUAUUCGAAGUUAG